UUAUAGUUUUACCAACAUGAAUUGCACCGUGAUCUUUUCGGGUCGAAUCACAAAUUCUAACACACAUUCUUUUGAAUAUAUCACUUGAUUUUAUACGAAUACAUUACAUUCAUUAGGUAUACAUUAACUUGAUUUUAUACGAAUAUAUCACAUUCUUUAUUUUAAAUGAUUGAAAUUUUAAGUAGCUAUAAUAAGUUAAAGUUGUGGUACGCUGUGAUUUUUCAAUAGUCAAACAAGUAGCAAUUGGAGUUCAAUAGUCAAAGAAGGAGCAUUAUUUAAUUCCUGGUAUUCCAUAUAUAACUUCCAAAUUCCAGGAGUAGGUGUAAGUAAAGGCAGAAGAAAAAAUGGCUACAGCUUCAAAAAUUGUUGAAAAACUGAACUUGAAGCCACAUCCAGAAGGUGGAUUUUACUCAGAAACAUUCAGAGAUAACACUGUUAUUCUCUCUAAAUCAAAUCUUCCACCUACAUAUAAGGUUGAUCGACCUGUCAGUACAUGCAUCUACUUCUUGCUACCUUCUGGAAGUGCGUCUCAUCUUCACCGGAUACCAUGCGCAGAAACAUGGCACUUUUAUAUGGGAGAGCCAAUCACGGUGAUGGAACUAAAUGAGACUGAUGGGAAGGUGAAAUUAACUUGCCUCGGACCCGAUCCCCUCGUAGAUGAUCAGCUGGUGCAGUACACAGUACCUCCAAACGUCUGGUUUGGCGCGUUUCCCACGAGGGACUACAACAUUACUUCCGAUAUGCAAGUAACGAAAGCGCCUACAAGAGACAGUGAGAAGCAUUUCUCUCUAGUUGGAUGCACUUGUGCUCCAGCAUUCCAGUUUGAUGAUUUUGAACUAGCGAAACGAUCUGAUCUUGUUUCGCGCUAUCCUGCUCAUGAAUCCCUCCUCACUUUGCUCGCCUUCUCCGACUAAACAUGAACCUACGCGUUCGCAGAACCCAGUAGCUUUUUCGUGGACCUUAAAAAAUAUCGAUAAAUAUUCGAGUGUAAUGCUUGCUUGUUUCAUGUUUCAUCUUAGUACUGGUGUGUAAUUUGUUCAGUGUGGCAAUAAAAGGCUUAUCAGUUGAGUUAUUUCCCA